GUUGAAGUGUUGAACUGUGAUCCAUUCUUUAGUGGAAAUGGCACUGUGCCAGCAUAUAAAGAAAAGGAAGAAGAUUAGUUAGAAUACAGAAGGGUAAUUUAGGGUAAGUACUAUGGACAUCCAAGUAUAAGCUCCAAGAUGUCACAUAGGACUAAAUAGUGAGGUGGAGGAGAGAAGAAGGAUGAGAGAGAAAUAGUCACCUCUCAUGCAAGGGGCAGCCCCUACACAAACUUCAAUAAACAUGUGAGAGUACUAGAGAUAUUGGGGAUUGUGUGGUAGAGGUAACCUAUUAUACAUAUCACCUCUUAAUUUAAUUAUCUAUGUAAUGCAUGAAAUUGGAUGUGGUAGUCACAUCUACUAUAAAACUUGCCCUUAGGUCUCCAAUGUGGUCACAGUCUCACAGACUCUCAGGUGAAUACAUGUUUUUUACCCCAUCCAAGAUAGCAGUAGUACUAGUUUUUUUACUGUAUUUUAGGAUGAAUUCAGUGGUUCUGGAUCGAAGAAUUCUCACUCUGCGAUGCAAUUCUGCCAUGACCAAGCUAGCUCUAGCUAAUACCAGUAUACUCUAAGAGCAAGUUUAAUAGUAUAGCCCACUACUAGCUUCAAUUUAUCUAUAGCCAAUCUAAUAGUCAAUUCAUAUAAUAGUUGUUUACCUGUCAUACUGCGUCUUGUAGUCCGUGCUGCAGCUGGCUACAGAUAUGUAGUCCGCUCUUCUCUCUUAUCUUUUAUCUCAUUAAAAUAUGUUUAUAACUGCUAUUGUACCUGCUCUAAUGGAGUACUACUAUACCAGCAGUUACUCCAAUGAAAGCAAGAUGAUGUUUUCCUCCAAUUUAACACAGGAUUUGAUGCGAUCUUAGGAAAGAGAUACUAGCAAGCGACCUGCAUGUGUUAUGGAUAUACUAAUUCUGAAAGGUUGGGGGUGAGGCUACGUCAGAGGGACGUGCGCCACUGACCUGUGGGCCCAUGAUGGUGGCCCUGGCUCCCACCUGUCAGGGACCCACGCCCCUCUAAGGAGCUGUGUCCGGUUAAAGGAUACGUGGUAGGCUAGUAGCUAACCAUGUUGAUUUGGUCAAUGACCUUAAACACAAUGGUGUUACGGAUUAAUUAGUACUUACCAUAUUGUUGGAUCUUUGCCUACCGAGCUUAACUGUCACUGCUGCAAUUAAGAGAAAAUGUAAUCAAUUAGAAGCAAAUUUAAGUUUGUUAAUUUAGUGUCGGUGUCAAGAAAAAAGUAACUGGUUUGUGGCAUCUGAAGAACAGGUCUUCAUGCUGCUUGAAAAAAUGUCUCUCAAAAGGGAAAAAAUGAGCAUAUUAUAUUAUUACUUCCCAAUUCUUUCCUUGUAGUAUUUAAUCCUAUUCUUGCCACUAUUGGUAGUUAGUCAAGUUACCAACCGAAUAAUUUUAUUUUGUCCAUGAUAGAUAUUAUUAUAUGCCUAGGUAUAAUGCUAUCGAUGUGUAUCUUGCAACCAAUUUAGCCUUCUAAUGAUUAUUUGGAUGAAUCACGCAACCAAGAGAACUAGGAAAUGGAAGCUAGCUCCUACGCACUUCCAAGAUGAAAACAUAUUUUAAGCAUCAGACUCUAGUGGUAGUUGCAGAAGACACAUCCAUAAGAGUGCAGGUAGAGUUAAGAUGUAACCAUCAGAUUAAGAAACACUUUGAAUGAACAAUUAAUCUCUUCAAGAAGUCUCCACGUUGUCCUUGGCCGACAGAAACCUAUGGCUUUGUGUUUUUUGUGCUGAAUGCCCAACAAUCUUCUUUGCCCAGGUGGCUUUCAGGCUCCUGAUCACCGAUCACCGCCAGACUUGCCCUCCAUCACAUUCGAGAUCUUAGAGAGAUCAUGUCUGUGUCGUACGCUUCGUCUGGAUUUGAUUAGCGUUAACAAGUCAAGUCAGUUAGCAUAGCAAUCAGAUGGGUUCAAUCUGAUGGUUUUUCCCCAUUCUCCAGCUGAUGGAUGUACACAAGAAACUUCUCCUGGCCUCCCUCAGCUGUGUACUUCUGAUCCAAGUAGCAUCGAGUGAUGGCACUGCAGAGGGAGUUGGAACAACAAGCUGGACAUGUGUAUGCACAGCUCAUCCACUAGGUGAACCAAACUCAAAUAGCAGCUUGUCGUCGAAUUGUUCUUCUUCCUGCCAUUGUCUACAAGCAGAUGAUGAUGGUGGCACAGGAUCAUGGAACUGCACAUGUGCUUCUGACAAAGCCCUUAAAAAAGAACACACUGCAGUACAUGAUAGGGGCUGCUUCACUUCCUGUAACUGCACAUCCGGAAUUUCUCAGGAAGGAAAGAAGCACGUCUCUAACAAAACAGUGAUAGUUACACUGCUAGUAUGUGUGAUCCUCACCACUAUUGCAUUCCUUGGCACCACGGCGUACUACCUGCGUCGCAAGGAUGCGCUCUCUCCACAUUCGCAUGCAUACUCCUUUGAUAAGUACACCAGCUGGAGCAGCAGAUCAAACCUCGUCAGUCAUCGAUCUUCUCCUCUUCCCCAACCAAAGCCAAAACCAAGGAUCAGUGUACUUAAAGAGUUUCUGUGCAGCUGCAAUCCAAUAUGUGGCAAUGAAGGUGGUCCGCUUCCCGGUGUCAUCGUCAGGUUCUCCUACUCGGAAUUGGAGCAAGCAACCGGGAAAUUUUCAGAUGAACAUCUGAUCGGAGUUGGAGGAACAAGCAAGGUGUACCGUGGACAGCUUAGCGACGCCAAGGUCAUUGCCGUGAAGAAGCUCAGGCCCCUCGGAGGCGCAGACGAAGACUUCGAGUUCCUAUCCGAGGUUGAGCUGCUGUCUCGGCUGAACCACUGCCAUGUCGUGCCAUUGCUGGGUUACUGCAUGGAGAGCCAGGGCCGGCAGCUGGAGCGGCUGCUGGUGUUCGAGUGCAUGGGCAAUGGCAACCUGCGCGACUGCCUCGACCUCAAGCAGGGGAGGAAGGCCAUGGACUGGGCGACGCGCGUCGGCGUGGCGCUCGGCGCGGCGAGGGGGGUGGAGUACCUGCACGAGGCGGCGGCGCCGCGGAUCCUCCACCGCGACAUCAAGUCCACCAACAUCCUGCUCGACGACAAGUUCAGGGCGAAGAUCACCGACCUUGGCAUGGCCAAGUGCCUGAUGAACGACGGCGUGACGAGCUGCUCGAGCUCGCCGGCGCGGAUGCUGGGCACGUUCGGGUACUUCGCGCCGGAGUACGCCAUCGUGGGGAAGGCGUCGCUCAAGUCGGACGUGUUCAGCUUCGGCGUGGUCAUCCUGGAGCUCAUCACGGGGCGGCAGCCGAUCCACCACCACCGCCCGCCGGCGGCGGCGGGGGAGAGCCUGGUCCUGUGGGCGGCGCCGCGGCUGCGCGACAGCCGGCUGGUGGUGGCGGAGCUGCCGGACCCGGCGCUGCAGGGGCGGUUCCCGCAGGAGGAGAUGCAGAUCAUGGCGCACCUGGCGCGGGAGUGCCUGCAGUGGGAGCCCGAGUCGCGUCCCACCAUGAGCGAGGUCGUCCAGAUCCUCGCCACCAUCGCUCCUUCCUCCCGCAAGCACGCCGCCGCCGCCACCUUGGUCACCCGCAUCGGGAGAAGCAGCAGCGCCGGCGACACGAUGCACAGCACUAGGUUAGCCGUGAAGUGCAGCGUCGGAGAGAGUUGGCGAUCGCCGGAGAUGGAGGAGGAGACGGUGGUGGACUUGACGGAGCCACGGCUGGAGCCGGCCAUCUUCUUCAAUUAGCUAGAUAGGCUACCAAAUUAGUUGCAUGCAUGUAAUGUAAUGCUGCUGCUGCUGUACAGACAGACAAAUUAACGAAAAAAAUCAAAUCCAUACUAAACGCUAUUGAGAAUCCAAAUUGACGAAUUUUACCAAAUUCA